AUGGUUUCUCUAUCUUUGCUCUUAUGUUCGGCCUUAGCCGGCCUUUUGCAUGUGGCAAGCUGCAUCGACGUGCCCGACCAGGCUCCAUUGACGGUUGACGAAUGCAAAUGCAAGCCGACGAGUCCUAAGCCGGUCUACGCCAUCGCCCACCGAGUGUUAACAGAGGAAGGCAUCCAGGCUGCUAUUGCCCAUGGCGCCAAUGCGAUUGAAAUCGACAUGACCGCUUGGAAAUCCGGCUGGUGGGCAGAUCACGAUGGCUUACCCACCAGCGGCAAUGUCACCGCCAAAGCUAUGUUUCGCGAGGUUGCUCGGCUCCGUGAAGACGGUGCACACCUGUCGUUUGUCUGGCUGGACAUCAAGAAUCCCGACUGGGCUAUCAGCGGCCGCUCCUCGGUCGCAUAUCUCCGAAAACUCGCUCGUGAGUAUUUAGAGCCUGCUGGGGUGCGUGUGCUCUAUGGAUUCUCCAACCCUCGAAACAGCUGGGGCUUCAAGGAGAUUCGCAAUUUCUUGAAUGCAAAUGAAUCGGUGAGCGUGUGGAUGGACUCGGGUGAUGCCAAGAAGAUCUAUGCCGGUGUUGGUAGAAGCAUCCCGGUUGCCCAGAGAGUGGUGGAUAACGGGCUAUUCUCUUUAUUCUGGAAACCAUAUAUCUUCGAUGAUCUCCGUCGAAGCUCUGAGGCUCGAGAUUGUUGCACGGUAGGAAAGGCGUUUGGAUGGACGAUACUCGCUGGACAAGACAGAUACGUUGAUAAGCUGCUGGGAUAUUCGGGAGUGGAUGGCCUCAUCUACGGCACCAUGGCCAGUGCAUACGAAGAUUCGGAAGAUACACGUGCAGCGGCUGCGCUGAUUUCCAACUGGAUCAAGAACCAUCCCGAUACUCAUCGCGUACCGACACAGGAUGACAAGCCCUGGUGA